GGCUUAUUGAUACACUGUAUGUUCAGUAUUUAAAUGAAAUACCACUAAGAGUUUGUAGCAACUUGAAAGAGACAGCACAGUUGCGGUAUUUAUACCCCUCAAUCGUUAAGCGUGCGAGAGACAUUGACAUUACCUGGGGACUGCUUUCUAACCAAUGUCUUUUCCUGUAAUUCUUAAGGCAUAUUUGAAGCCUAUCAAUCUGUUCUCUGCAUUUUAGUGAAGUGAUGGUGGCUCGGGUCAGCAGCAGAGUGUUUUAGUGUUCCUUCACUUCUCUCCACUGUCUUUAUCCUCCCAGUAUUACUACUGACAUCCCCUCUUUAUCUAAUUGUCAUCUUCCUUCUUGUUAUUACGGCCCACAUUCUCAAAGUAUCGAGUUUUCUAAUUCUUACUAAAAUUCACAGGAACCAAGUUCUGAAACAACAACUCAAAAAGAUCUAAGUGUGUUGAAGAUUUCAGCCUGUGUGUUCAAAUACAUUCAAAGUUAAGAUACCUGAAGGAUAAGUACUAUGGAAGUGCAGCAGUAAUUGAAAGGUCAAUGGGCAGCUUUGAUCAAGAGGCAUGGCGCACAUACUAAAGACCCUCAACAGCUGGUUCUGGUGGGAGAAUAUCUGGAUGCCUGUCAAUGUCACAUGGGCACAUUUUGUAGACCGUGAUGGACUUGUCUUUCCAAAACCACAUCAAUUAUAUGCCACAAUACCCUAUGCUUUUGUGUUGCUGAUUAUCCGAUUCUUCAGUGAAAGAUGGAUUGCUUCUGCAGCUGGAAUCUUAUGGGACAGGCGGAGAUAUGUUGCUAUACCUCUAGCAAAAGCCUUAGGUAUAAAGAAUGUAAGACGUGUGAAGCCACAGCCUAAUCCUGUUUUAGAGAGUUAUUUCCGGGAGUGCUCAAAACAUCCAUCCCAAUCAGACAUUCAAGGCCUUGCGAAAAAGUGCAACUGUACAGUCCGUUUGGUGGAGAAGUGGUUUAGGAGGCGGCGAAACCUUGAGAUUCCAACAGUGCUUCGAAAAUUCCAGGAAGCUUUCUGGCGAUUUUCAUUCUAUCUUACAUCCUCCAUUGCUGGAUUUAUAUUUCUGUAUGAUAAACCUUGGUUUUACGACAUAUGGCAGACGUGGGUUGGCUACCCGUUUCAGACUCUGCUGCCAUCCCAGUAUUGGUACUACAUGGCUGAGAUUAGUUUUUACUGGUCUCUUUUAUUUACACUUGGGAUUGACAACAAGAGAAAGGAUUUUCUGGCUCAUGUCGUUCACCACUUGGCAGCCAUUGGGUUGAUGAGUGGCUCUUGGUGUGGCAAUUACGUGCGUCUUGGAACACUGGUGAUGUUUGUGCAUGAUACUGCAGAUUUCUGGCUCGAGGCAGCCAAAAUGUUUAAUUACGCUCACUGGGAGAAAACCUGCAAUAUGCUCUUUAUCAUCUUUUCUAUUGCAUUCUUCAUCACAAGAAUCAUCCUGUUCCCCUUCUGGAUACUUCGUGCCACAUUGUAUCAGCCUACAUACUACUCCACGACUCCUGUCAUAGCAUAUUUUUUAUUCAAUGGGCAGCUAUUGAUCCUCCAAGGCUUGCAUUUAUAUUGGGGUUACUUAAUUUUCAAGAUUUUGAAAAGGUUCAUUUUCUUAAAGGACUUGAAAGAUGACCGGAGUGAUGAAGAGGAAGAAGAUUCUGUUACAGACAAUGAAGAGGAGUCCACAAAGAUCUGCAACAAGAACGGCUGUGGGUCAAGCAAACAUCUCCUAAACAGCAGUCACCACUAGCCCCCUCCUGCCUCACCUCCUGCGGUGAUUCCUGCUCUGGUUUUAACCCAACCUACAGGAUAGGAUUUAAGUCAAAAGGCUUAUGAGAGACUGUGAUUGAUUUAUUGUUGGCUACUGGACCUGGAAAAAAGCCCAGGUUAGAGGGGAGGAAAAAAUUGCAUAACAUGACAAAACGUGUUAAUGACCCACUUUCUGAAUCGUUGCUAAGGGUUUGGAAAGACGUUUGGACACACUGACUGACAGUGCUCAACAAGAGAGUGUCAGAUCAUUUAGUGUCCCAUUGAUUCUAAUGUUGUUUUUCAGUCUGGUAUAAGAUAUAUUUCACCAAGCAGUUUAAUUCACAGAUGUUUUGUGGUAGGUAGGUAGCGUGAACUCCACUAGGAACCAAAAUUACUCAGUGUGGGAAAAAUUUGACAGUGGUGUACAGUUACUAGCGUUUUUGUCUUUAAACCCUCAUUAAAAUGGCUGGGUUUUGUGAGUUAGAUUUCAUUUCGUGGAGGCCAGCAGAACCUAACAUGGAGGAAGUCAGAUUACUUGCCUGUGAAGAGCUGGCUUCACUGCAGAAAUAUAGGCUUUCCAAAAUACACUGUAUGAUAGAUAGCUCAAAUAUUGUGUUCUAAGAUCUACCUGCCAAGGAAGACACUGUUAAAAUAACAAAACUCAGCCCCGAUUCUCCACUGAGCUCCAGGUUUCACAAAUGCCUUCGUCUCAGUCAUUUUGGCCCAGUGUUAGAACAGAAGGUGCAGUGGGGAGGGAAGAUAGUGAAUGAAGAUUGGGUCUUCUUACAGGUUCUUUUGCACUUCUUAUUUUUCUUCAAAACUGCUGAACACCCUCUGCCUCUGACACAUCUACAGCCCAGGAGAUUAAAAAUAAAUCUCAUCCAUUCCCUUCUUGUGAGCUUGUCUCCCACAGCAGCAUGGGAUGACUGUCUGCUCGGAAGCAAGUCCGCUAAAUUCUGUUUUGUGGUUCCUGCAUGUUUACUGCGUGCAUCUGGUCAAUGGGGGAGUAUGAGGCUAGCAAGGAAUGUCACAUCGUCAGUGCUGUGUAUUCAUUUGAUAUCAGGAUCUGUAUUUCCAUUUCUACUCUUUUUGAAAAUUGGGAAGCACAUCAGCUAGAGCCAGGCUUGGAUGCGAGUAUGUGACUUAGGCCACCUACCAUUGUUCAUGCUGCAAGAAGUGGAGGAACAGUGGGUGUUUUAUCAGCUCCUCUUACCAAAAGUGCCUCUGCCCAAAGUUUGCACUUUUGUUCUAACUCUAGUGCAGUGUGCAGCAGCAUUUUUAGUUUUGGGGCUUUCCAAGGAGAGCCUGGGCCUUUUAAACAGGGUGGUACCAGUCUCAUUUCCAGAUGCAUUUAGCUCACAAGGUCACAAAUGUUUGUGCGGUAAGUUUUAGAGGUGAGAGGUUCUCGUGUGGUCCCUACAGUAGCUGAGAUCAUCUGGUGAACUAAAUCCAGUCUCUUGAUGGAGACCAGGGGGACCACUGCAUAAACAGCCCCAGUGCGGAGCUCGUGGUUCGGAAAGGCUCCUUUCCCCUUAAGGCUGCUCAGGCAGGAAUUUGGUGACCUAUGGGAAGCACUAUGCGACUGACUUGUUUUCCUAAGAUUUCUUUGGCAAAGGGAGAUAUAAUUCAGCAACUGAAGCAUUUGAAAGAACGGGAAAUGUUUGGGAUCUGAGAUAGGAAGACAGAAGUGUUUUCUGUGCAGUUAUAAGAAACUCUAGGAGUACUUUGUUACAGAGGCUGGUAGUAUGCAAAUAUCUACGUACAAUCUGUUGAACUAGGCUGUGUUUGAUUUUUGAUGUAUAUUUUGGACCAUGUAAUACCCCAAACGUUCAUGUUGUACCACAAAGAGAAUUGCACUGAGAAAGGAGCAUGGCCUAUAGCUUCUGAGAAGGAUGGGGAAACACGCAGCGGUGGGACAGGACUCCUGACCCUGUGGUUGUAGUUCAGUAGGGCUGCGCAGGCAGAAUUCCCUCAGUAGUUGUUGUAUAGCAGUGUGUUUCCUUACAUAGCUGUAGAGAAUACUUUAAAUACUGCAGCGUGGAUUUAUUGGAAGUGUAAGUACUUAUUACAUCAUCUAAGGCAACUGGUGAGCUUGGCAGGGUCACGGUUGCUUAUCGGGGCCUGUUUAUUGUCUGCACGAAGAGAACUGGCCUUUCCUAACAAAAUGUAGAAGCCCGACGUCUUGGAGGCUUUACGCCCCCUUUGAGAGCAGUGGAGACAACGAUGCUUUCUACAAGACACGGCGGGGUUUUGGGAGAUGGCCAGGGUAGUAUCACUUGAUUUUGGUGCCAGAGAGCUUUCCUGCUAUGACUAGGAAAGGAAUUCAGGAAAGGAAACACGAAGAGUGAUGUUGUCACAGGAGCGAGCCUCUGAACAACUACUGAGUCUUAAACUAGAAUUUAUAGUCUCGUUGAGGCCAAAUCUUGCCCUUCUUACUCGAACAAGUCUCCCACUGAAGCCAAUUAACUCUACUGGAGUUUUGCCUAGGAAAAAUUUUGGUUUGCAGUUAUCCAACCUAAUUACAAGACCCGUUGUUUUAAACUGAUGUGAAACUAGGGUCUUAAAGGAAGAGUAAACUGUAGAUUAAAUACAUUAAAACGUAAAAUGUUGAGGCAAAUUUUGGGCGCAUACAGAAGAAUAUUGAAGAAAAUAAUGUCCUGAAGGUGAAGACUAAGUCUAAGCACAGUGAACAACCAAAUAACUACAUCAUAUGGGAGUAAGGUAUAUGGAAGGAAUGAAGCAAGGCCGUGGAAGGCCCUGCCAGGGGUUACUGUCAUGGCCAACCAAAGUCAUAAGGCCUAAAAAUUCUGAACGUAAACCACUGGGUACUGGCGAUGAAAACCCACAGCACAGAAAGAAGUGGGGACAGAUUGUCAGAGAGGGACCGGACACGCCCUGUGUUAGCAUUGGAUUUGUCAUUCCUGAAGUUACAUGCGUUUCAUUUUCCACUUUUUCUUGUUUCUGACUUUCUAUCAGGAAGCUGAGGUCAUGGAGAACACAAUUCAUGCUAAAGAAAUUAUGUCAUGGUGCUUCAAGAUUUUCAGUCUAUUCAAAGCCCUUAACAUUUUUUUUAACGUUAUCAUGAGAAGAGUGUCAGAAUGCAAGUGCAGAACAAUCGUAGGUAACGCAUAGGAGCAUGACAGACACUAAUGCGUUAUGUUGACCAUUUCACCAAACAGGUCCUGGCUUAGCACUUGGACACUGCGCAUCUGGUUUUGCUAUCUCACGUUGACCGUGCCAAAACAUUUAUGAGAGAAUUAUAGAAUGAAAAUGAAAUCUUAGUCCAUUAUAAUCAGCGGAAAUUUCUCUGUUCCAUUUAAUUCCUCUGAAUUUUAUUCAGGCCCUCCUGUCCGUGUAUUCUGUGCUGCCUCUGUACUUGUUUACUACAUAGAUUUACCAAUCUACUCUGGAUUUGAUUUACAGAUCUCCUUCACUCCACAGAACUCAUUUUGUCAAUUUGUAUCAUUCAGUAUAAUUAUUUUUUUUUUUUUUUUUUUUUUUUUUGUUCUUAAUGCCACUGAAUUUGUCUGGUCAG